GAAAUUCCAUUUAUGAUCAUCAUCAUCAUCACCACCACCACCACUCAACCCUUCCCUCUUCCACCUUUGGGCUUUCCUUCAAGACUCUUAAACAAAAUUUUGAAUUCUAGUCACCUUUUUGUCGCCAUCUUUUCUCUUUUCCCACCUUCCGAUCUAUCAUGGCCUCCCGACCUCUCAACCCCGUCCCUCCACCGCAAUGGGUGGUGGCCUUGAACUCCCCUGCGCCGAAGCCUACAAAGGCAGCGUCCAGCAUCCCCGACCCCCCGGGCUUCACUAGUAACAAAAUAGGAGGAAAGAACCGCACGCAACAAUCCGUAUCCACCGCCGCAUCCAAACCCGUCGAAACCGAUACGCUGAAGGUGAAGAAGGCGUGGGAAAUCGCCCUCGCACCGUCCAAGCAAAUUCCAAUGAACGCGAUUAUGAUGUAUAUGUCCGGAAACAGCCUCCAGAUCUUCAGUAUCAUGAUGGUCUUCAUGCUCUUCAAGGGUCCAAUCCAAGGCUUGAUCAAUACGAAUACGGUCUUUGCUAAGUUUGAUACGGAAACCACACGGGGGAAGCUUCUCGGGGUGAAAGCUGUUUAUGUGUUGAUGCAAUUCGUGCUAUUGGGGUUGGGAGUGUGGAAGGUUAAUGCCAUGGGACUUUUACCGACCACGAGUUCGGAUUGGUUAGCUUGGGAGUCGGAACGGCAACCGCUGGAGAGGGCUUAUUUUGCUUUAAGUUGAUCGGUGA